AUGCUUAACCCUCACAACCCACCCAGCAAAGAUGCGCCGGCUCAGUGCGCCCCUCGCAUGUUUGUCCACGUCCGUCCUAUCGGAUACCUGCCUCCGUUCACCUCAGGGUAUUCCGGAGAUCCACGAGCCGAGCGCAGAUUGACCGCUGCCUCAUGCAAGAAUGGCAGCGGGCCGCGAAAGACGAUUGUUGGGUGGCACGCGAUGAUUGCCGCUGUAUAUACGUGGAGAUUUCGACUCCGACUGCUCCGCGCCUGCACGCCCGCACAUGGCCCUGUCUUCUCCACACCCACCCUCCUUUUCAUAACCCAAUCUACCCUAGGGUGCUCACACUCACCUCCUUCAUGGUGCACAGCGAGCGCGCUCGACCGCGAUUACAAUUCCGUGAUGGGCCCCUAUGUGCCCCCGGGACAGUCGCCGCCUUUCGAGGUCAUAGACGAUUUCCACCACGGUGCGUACAUAAUCAUCACAGCUGCGCUGGGACUGGUUGUUUCGCUCGUGUGCUUCUUGAUCCGACUCUAUGUUCGACUGAUGCUCAUUCCGCCCUUUGCGCGGGACGAUUUCGUUCUACUCGGUGCUACAAUUGUGGCUUGUCUACAGUCAGUACUGAUGUUCUACGCCUGUUCGCGCGGAUUCGGGACAUCGAUUAAUCUGCUGGACGAAGGUCGAUUGAUUACCAUCCAAGCAUUAAUUGCAACAAGCGAUAUCUUCGCACUGCUUAUUAUUUAUCUUUCGAAAUGCUGUGUGCUGGCCAUUUAUCUCCGACUUACGCCUCAGAAGACGCACAACAGAGCAACCUGGGCCACAUUGGCCAUCUGCACUGCUUGGUUCAUUCCAGCCGUUUUUAUUCUCCUGGUAAACUGUGAACUAAACAAGCCAUGGAGAAUCCAAGGUGCACAAUGUCGCAAUUUAUACCAACGCUGGCAAUUCAUUGCCUCCGUUGACGUAAUAACAGAACUCAUAAUCUUCCUCCUCGCCGUGACCCUCCUAAAAGGGCUCUUCAUGAACCUAAAGCGCAAACUUUCCAUCGGCUUCGCAUUCAUCUUUCGCUUCCCUCUAAUCGUCUUCACCCUCCUCCAUAUCUCAAAACUACGCUCCGCCCUCAACAACCCAGAUGUAACCCUCUCAGCCAUUGAACCCACCCUCUGGCUCCAAGUCGAAGUCCACUACGCCCUCGUCGCCUGCAGUGUCUUCUGCCUCCGUCCCUUCAUGGCAGCCGUCAGCACAAACUACGGAACAGCGGGCGACUCGACGCUGGAAAGCAGUGCAUCCCGAUCGCGCGGAACAAAGGGGAGUUCGAAAUCAGGUUCCAAUUCCGGCUCUGGCUCGAGCUCGAAUCCAACCUCUCGAUCUCGAUCUCUCUCGCGCGUCCAGAGAAAGCGGGCGGGUACAGCAGGUACAAAUUCAUGGCCGAAACUCACACCCGCGCCACGAUCGCCUUCGACGGAGAAACUGUGUUGUCAAGACACUCCGCACGGCACAACCGACGGAGGAAAGAGAAAACCCUCACCUGGACGCCCAGCGUCCCGCGAACCCAUCCGCCGCUCAAUGUUCCCCCUCGGCGCACCGAGUAUCCCGCCCGCACCAGCACCAAGGCUUAAAGGCAAAGAGGGCGGGAAGAAGAAACCGGGUCCAUCACUUCUAGACGCCGACCCCAACGCGAUCGAAAUGAUGCCGCCGCUACAGCGGCAAUCUGCCCGACCGCAGAGCGAGCAUUUCGAUGCGGACCCGGAGAGAAUGGUUAUUCGGAAGGAGGUUGGGUACUCGAUUCAGUAUGAGUAUGAUGAGGCGCGGAGGAGGGGAUUAGCGCCGUCGAAGAAAAAUUCGAAUGAUGCGAUGGCUUAUGUGUAG